AAACUAAUCUGAACAAACGGGCCACGUCCAAACUAACAUUCAAGUUGUUUCUCUGGAAAAAAAUAAAGCUUUUACUUCAACGACUCAUCAGAUCCACCAAAAACCAAAUUACUAAAAAUUAUGGCGAAAUCGGCGGUUUAUUUUCUUCUUUUUCUGAUGACGGCGGCGACGCCAUCACUGUUGGUGGAGUCAAGCGACGACACGAACCACGCGUACUUACCGUGUUCGGACACGAAAGUACAGAUUUCGGAUGGGUUCACUUUUGGAAUCGCGUUCGCAUCGAGACAAUCAUUCUUCUUCAACAGCUCACUUCAGUUGUCGCCUUGCGAUCGCCGGCUCUCUCUGUCAAACGCCAACUCUCGCCUCGCUCUGUUUAGACCUAAAGUUGAUGAGAUCUCUCUCCUCACCAUUAACACCUCCUCUUUUACUCCGGACGUAGUUGGUGGGUAUAUGGUUGCGUUUGCUGGUCGAAAAUAUGCUGCAAGGUCUCUGCCUGCGUUUGUUGCAAACGGCACCUACACUGUAACAAGCUUCACUCUGGUGCUUGAGUUUAAGAAAGGCAGGCUGCAAAACUUGUUUUGGAAAAGGGAUGGUUGUGCUCAAUGUUCGGGAAGAUCAAAUUUUGUGUGCCUAAACAAACAAGAUUGUGCAAUUAAUACAAACAACUGCAAAAACCAUGGAGGGUCUGUUGAUUGCAGUAUUGGGAUACAGCUAGCAUUUUCUGGGACAGAUAAGCACCUUUCUGCCCUGAAUUCAUGGUAUGAAGUUGAGAACCUUCGGCAGUACUCACUGUUUGGCCUUUAUUCUAAUCUCAGGGAUUCUCUCACUAGCCAGUAUAACAAGUUCUUUUAAUGGGGCUUUUGAUUAUUGGUUACAUUUUCCCUCAGUUAUUGUUAUGUUGUACUUUUUUUUUCUGCUGUUCAAUUGAUGUUAUGUCUACAAUUCUACUUCUAUCUUUGUUUCUAUUCCUUUGGGGUGAAACUACUGGUCUUAUAGUUCAUGGAGGGUUACGUGGAUAAAUUAUGUACAAUUGCUUUCUUUUUUGUUUGUAAUUAUGAAUCUGAUUCAUAUGGAUGCUUCGUUCUA